AUGUGUCCUUCUGGCCGGAGCCUCCGUCUACAACCUCCCGCAUCCGAUUUCCGACCGGCAUUCGACGUUCUCGACACCGACUCCGACGGUAAAAUAAGCCGCGAAGAUCUCCGUUCAUUCUACGCCACCAACAGCGGCGGCGUCAAAGACGACGCGAUCCGUGCAAUGAUGUCGGUGGCGGACACGAACAUGAGCGGGUUCGUGGAGUACGAGGAAUUCGAGCGGGUUGUUAGCGGUGAUGCAGAAAAGAGCCCGUUAGGGUGUGGCGCCAUGGAAGAUGUGUUCAAGGUGAUGGACAGAGACGGUGACGGUAAAGUUAGUCAUCAGGAUUUGAAGAACUAUAUGGCUUUGGCUGGGUUCGACGCCAGCGAUGAAGAUAUAAACGCUAUGAUUAGGUUUGGCGGUGGCGAUGUGAACGGCGGCGUUAGCUUCGAUGGUUUGAUUCGUAUAUUAGCUUUUGAUCAUCUUGCUCCGGCUAAUUAA